AUGACUGGCGUUGCCCCGAGUGAGGCCCGACUCGGCCGCACUCUUAGGCCUGCGCGUCGCGAGAUGCCUUCUGGACGAGACUCGACAAGGGUGCGGUCGGAUUUUCGAGAUUCCCGUCCGGAUUUCCAGCAGCGAACUGCGUAUGAGAGAGGGGCCGGAAGAGGACCAACCUCUGCGUCAUCCAGAGAUGGUCGUAUGGCCGAACUGAACGGGACCGACCGUGUCCCUCGGUUUUCGGGUGUGGCAGACGAUGAGGCUGUUGGCCCUGCUGCAUCUGAGCUCCUGGUAGGCGCGGAAGAAGACUGGUACACCCGCAGAACAGUGGCGGAUAAAGACCGUUCUAGAAGAGGCAGAGUCUACGAUGUCGAAGCUGAAGAGCCAUUUCAACCCUCGUCUACGGUUAGUUCUCCGGCUCGGAGGAGCAGACCGUUUCAAAGGCAGAGAACAGUUGAAUUGGACCCAGAUAUGGUGGACGAACUCCUUGACGAAACAAAUCCAAGACGGAAGAAAAACAAGGGCAAACAAGCGAAAGCGGCGCCUCGGGCACAAGCGCGACCCGAGAUUCGACUCCCGGAGUUUAUCAGUGUCGAAAAGCUAGCUCAAGGCCUCAAGGUCAGACUACAGGACUUUCUGGACAAGCUGGAGGAGGAAGGCUUUGAAGGCGCUCGCUAUGAUCACAUUCUAGAUGCUGGAACUUCCGCCAUGUUUGCCGAGAUCUACGGCUUCGAGCCCAUCAUGAGCACCGUUGACGAGUCCCGUGAUUUGGUUGCCCGGCCUCCGGCAGAAGAUGUGUCCUUGCUACCACCCCGGCCACCAAUCGUCACAAUCAUGGGUCAUGUCGAUCAUGGCAAAACUACGAUCCUGGAUUACUUUAGAAGGUCAAGCGUAGUCGCAUCAGAACAUGGAGGUAUCACCCAGCAUAUUGGAGCAUUUUCUGUUGUGAUGCCAGGAUCCGAACGAAACAUCACCUUCCUGGACACACCUGGUCACGCCGCGUUCUUAGACAUGCGGCGACGAGGCGCCAACGUCACAGAUAUUGUCGUCCUGGUGGUGGCCGCCGACGACAGCGUCAAGGCUCAAACGAUUGAAGCCAUCAAACAUGCUCUUGAGGCUAAGGUCCAGGUCAUUGUGGCAAUCAAUAAGGUUGACAAGGAAGAUGCCAACAUUGACCGGGUGAAGCAGGAUCUCUCGCGUCAUGACAUUAUUGUCGAGGACUUUGGUGGCGAGUACCAAGCUAUUCCCGUCAGUGGGAAGACGGGCCAGGGGAUGGCUGAGUUGGAAGAAGCAAUACUGACCUUGGCCGAUGUGGCCGAUUUUCGAGCCGAGACCGACGGUCAAGCCGAAGGCUGGAUUAUUGAAAGCAAAGUUGGUUCAUCUGGUCGUGUUGCAACCGUGUUGGUGCGUCGUGGCACACUGAGACCUGGCGACUUCAUCGUCGCUGGCACUACCUGGGCACGAGUACGUACUCUUCGGAACGAUUCGGGCAAGUUGAUCAGUGAAGCGCCUCCGGGCACGCCUGUUCAGAUCGAUGGGUGGCGGGGUGGAGAUCCGAUGGCCGGUGAUGAGGUUCUUCAAGCUGAGAGUGAGCAACGAGCUAAAGAAGCAGUAGGCGUUCGGCAAGAGAGAGAAGAAAAUGCUCGGGCUAUUGAAGACAUGACUGCGAUCAACACUGUUCGCACAGAGGAAGCCGAGGCUCGUGCCAAGGUACUGGACUGGGAGAAGGAACAGGGAUACACGUCAAUGAGAGCAAGCAGACGUCCCAAGGACAACGAGGGCUGGGUGGAGAAAGAACAUUCGGGUCCUCGACAGGUCCACUUUGUCAUCAAAGCCGAUGUUGCUGGCAGUACCGAGGCUCUUGUUGCCGCCGUCAGUGCAAUUGGCAACAAUGAGAUCGUGGCGAAUGUCAUUCAUAGCGGCACUGGUGCGCUGACCGAGUCCGACAUCAAGCUUCUUGCCGCAACUGGUGAAGUUGGCUAUGCGAUUUCAUUCCACCAGCCAGUCGACGCUUCGAUACGGCGCCUCGCGGAGGCGGCUCGGCUUCAGAUCCUUGACCACAACAUCAUCUACAAGGUCACCGACGACGUCAAAGAAAAAAUGGGCGCAGAGCUACCACCCAUUGUCACCCAAAGGGUGUUGGGAGAGGCCGAGGUCGGAGAGAUAUUUGACAUCAGUAUCAAGAAGGGAACGCUAAAGAUCGCGGGAUGUCGCGUGACUAAUGGGACCAUACGGCGGUCAGAGAAGGUUCGAGUGUUGAGGAACGGCGAAGUGGUGUACACCGGCACGCUCACCUCUUUCAAAAACAUCAAAAAGGACGUAACAGAGAUGCGCAAAGGCUCCGAAUGCGGCAUGGGAUUUGAAAACUGGGAAGAUUUUCAAGUGGGCGAUCAGAUCCAGUCCUUUGAAGAGAUCCGGGAAAAGAGGACGCUGUACUAG